UUAUAGUCUAUCUCUAUAGUGUGUCGUGUGAUAGUUUGAUUUCAUUCAAACAAUCAAAUAAUCAUUAUUUGUUCAUUGAUCACUCAAGAUUCCCGUCGCACUUUAAUUUUAUCAACUUUUACAAAUGUUACAACUUCGAAAGUGCUGUAAAUCACCAUUUUGUGGGCCUAGGUAUUACCUCACUUUGUAAUUUCGAUGAGAGGCCAGCAUCGUCUGUAAAAUUCAGCACCAUCGGAGAUCAAACUGAAUGAUAAUGAGUGUUCUUCUUCAAAAUGUCAGGAUUCAAGUCAAGAAAUAUCCUGCUUUCCGCAGUAUAUCGGAGCAGAAAGCUGUAAACAGUGAAGUGUCUCAAAAAAUAAAAAUUCCUGCCCGAAUCCAGCGAGGUCCAACUGACAUCCUCAGAACCUUGGCUUCAACUCUAACACCAGACACAACGGGAGCACACUACAAAUACCAUGAUGACCCAUUCCUGAUUCCACCAUCCAAUUAUGCAAAAAGAGCAUUUGCUUUAUCCAAAGAGUCUGGCAGAAAAGCUGCUCAGUGGGUACGACAACAGCAUGCUGACCUAUUUGACCACAAAGUAGCUGAGCCAUUCAUCCCGAUAUUUGCUCCAAAAGCAGUUUAUGAUGAAAACAGUGAAGUGAAUGAAGCCGUAUUGAAAACACUUAUUCAGUCAUCCUCUGUCUCCGAUGCCAUCUGUGUCUAUGAGCUCAUGGAAAAAAAAAACAUAGCUGUAUCAGAUGAGUUGAAGCAAAGUUUACUUGAACUAGUUUGUUUUUACAAUGGAAAAGACGGUAAAUCAGAUGAAUAUCUAGAAGAAAAGUGGUAUACAGCAAACCAGAGAACAAUAGCCAGGAAAACGUGGCAAGAUGGUGGCUUUGCUGAUAAACUUUUUAAGUCAAUGAACCAGACACCUGAAGCAAUCUGCACUAUGAUCCAAGGCAUGACAAAAUAUUAUCAGGUCAAUCAAGCAAUGAGCUUAUAUGAAGAAGUACUCAAUAAAAAUCUUCCAAUCAGUCUAGAAACCUUUAAUGGUUUGAUCCGUGUUUCGAGUUUCGUCAGGGAGGAUUUCACACUCAGGUGGCAGUUCGUCAGGGAAAUCUUCGAUAAGAUGAAAAGUCAAGAGGUGAUGCCUAAUAUUCAGACAUUAAAUGCUGCUCUGGCAACCUUAGCUGCAAUGGCAACGAUGAAGAACUGCCCUAAAAUAGCUCUGGCGCUCAUCACUGAAUUCAAGCAGCUUGGAAUUGAGCCGUCUCUUGCGUCAUUCUAUCACCUCCUGCAAAUCAUGUUCAAAAGAGAGGGUGCCAAACCACCAAUACUGAAUGAAAUUCUUGAUUUCUUGGAGACACAAGGGAAUUUGGAAGCUCGUGAUGCAGAAGACAUCAACUUCUUUGUGGCUGCAAUGAAUGUUUGCACUUACAAGUUGGAAGACUUAAAUCUUGCGUACCGAUUAAAUAAUGUCCUCCACACAGGAAACAAUUACGACUUGAUGGGAGACAGCUUGAAAGAAUCAAUUUACUACCGCAAUUUCUUCUAUUUAGUUUGUGAUCUUGAAUCAAUAGAGGAGAUCAUGAAUUUGUAUGAAACUGUAGUUCCUCGAAUCUACACUCCGGAACAAUCUGUAAUGAUUAAAAUCAUCAGGGCCGUUGACAUGAAUGGAGCUACGGAGUAUUUGCCUCAAUUGUGGUCUGAUGCAAAGUUAUUUGAAUUCAAUAGGAGCGAGGAUGUAUUGACAGAAUUUACAGGUGUUAUCUACAAGAACCAUACAAAUGUCGCGCCUUUAAAUGAACAACUUGGUAACAUAGCAGCAGGUCUGUGGCAUGAAAUAGAAAUUGAAAAUCCAGGAAGAAGAAAGAAAAUAAUGUGGACUGGGCCAAUGAUAGGUAGCAUAUUGCAAGCGUUUGUUGACGCUAAACGAGUUAAAGAUGCCUACACUGUUUUCCAAAAACUCAGGAGAAGCCAGCAGGAGAUUUUCGGAGUGCCUGAAGCACAAACUUUGAGAGAUUUCUUAGAAUUUGUGAUCGAAAACAAAGAUGGCAAUGGAGCUCUGAUUUUCGUGAAUUACUGCUAUGACAACGACCUCGCUGAAACAUAUGAAUUUGCUGAGCGGCUGAAAAAUUCUUCAAUCCUGAAAGGAACGCAGAUAUUGGAUUUGGAAAAGAUUUUAAUUGUGGCCAAAAAUUUAAAGGAAAAACUAGACAAGAGAAAAAAUGAAAAAGUUGAAAUUAGAACUGACGAAUAUUUUAACAAGAAUGAGUAGUUUGUUUUAAAUAAAAUGAUCAUCUUUUUCUAAUUCCAACCGGUGCAUUUUCUUCUAUUUAUCAGACUUGUGAAGUUUUCAUUUGAUUUAACAUGGAUUUUUUUGUUUUGUCCUGUAAAAUUCGUCUUAGUUUGUUCCAAGGUUCACUCACUAAAUUUAUUUUUCAAACUUUCAUCAGCUCUUGUCAAAAAUGUUAUUGAAAAUGAUCAUCAGUCCUUGAGACUUUGCUUUCUAGGUCACAAAUGUCAAGUACGAAUGUUUCUUUUCUAUAAAAUUUCUCCCACAAAUCUUGAAAAUGUAUGUAUUUACAUGUAUGUAUGUAUUUGAAAAUGUAUGUAUGUUUGUUUCUCCCUUUUAGAGUUCGGAAGGAGCAUUUUAACAAAAUAUAAUUUCAAUACUAUAGCUGGGAAAGUAUUAUUCUCUAAUUGUUGUUUAAACAUGUUUUAUUCAUAAGUAUGAAUAAAAUUUCUUAAUUUUACCUAAAA